UACAAAACUAACCGAAAGCAACCUCCAGGACAAGCGACUCAUGGAAACAUGGACAGACGCUCAACGGCGACAGAAGGAUUUUCAACUAGCUUUUCGAAGGACUUAAUUGAAUAAAUUUUUAUGAACAAUUCAGCAGCUUCCAAAUAGGGAAAAUCAGAGUAAGCACUUCCAAACCGAAAAUAUACCUAUUAGACGGCAAGAAGGAAUAUAAGGGAUCUACCGCCCUUGGAAACUUGAACGCACACUGCAAAUGACAAAGAACUGCUUCCUACUUUAACAUAAGCGCAGGAUUAUAGCACACAAAAAGGAUAAAGAAGAGAAAACACACACAGACAAAACACACAGACAACAAUCGAACAUGUCACACGCGGCAGCCAACAAAACGGAAACGGAAGCAGCGCCAAACAGCAGCCUCAAACAGUCCGCAGCCCCCCAGCCCGCAAACAGUCACGAUGCCAAGCUGCUCAACGGCACCUUGGCCCGAACCAACGGACUAACCCAUGCCGCCAGCGUGGCCAACUCCUCCUCCGGCAGCUACGGCAGUUCGAGUGCGGCCGGGUCCAACGCGGGCUCCGGCGGAGCCGCCUCAUCCGCGUCCUUAUCCUUAGCGGCGGCGGUGGCGUCCUCGACGGCCCUGCCCUUGCCGCCCAGCAGCAACGGCCUUCAGAUGCCCUACGAGCGUUUCCGGGCGGACGACACCAGCUACGUGCCCAUCGCCCAGUUUUACGCGGGACGUAGUGUCUUCAUCACUGGCGGAACUGGAUUUAUGGGCAAGGUCCUGGUGGAGAAGUUGCUGCGCUCAUGUCCGGAAAUAAGGAAUAUAUAUCUACUGAUACGACCGAAACGCGGUCAAGAAGUGUCAGCACGACUCACGGAACUACUGAAUGCACCACUCUUCGAAUCACUGCGUCAGGAGAAGCCCAAGGAACUCAGCAAAGUCAUACCCAUUUCGGGCGACAUAACUUCCGAGGAACUGGGUAUUUCAGAAAAGGAUCAGAACCUACUGUGUCGCAAUGUUUCCGUUGUCUUUCACUCGGCUGCCACAGUGAAAUUCGAUGAGAAGCUCAAACUGUCAGUCACAAUCAAUAUGCUGGGCACGAAACGCCUCGUCGAGCUCUGCCAUCGCAUGCUGUCACUGGACGCACUAAUCCAUGUAUCCACUGCCUAUUGCAAUUGCGAUAGAACCGAUGUGUCCGAGGUUAUCUACGCACCGCCCUACAACCCCGAUGAUAUCAUUUCACUAAUCAACUGGCUUCCGGAGGAUAUACUCGAUCAGCUUACACCGCGCCUGAUUGGCAAGCGUCCCAAUACGUACACGUUUACAAAAGCCUUAGCGGAGCAUAUGUUACUUAAGGAGGCUGGUAAUCUGCCCGUUGCCAUUGUGAGGCCAUCGAUUGUGACUGCCAGUCUGAAUGAGCCGUUUGCCGGUUGGGUGGACAACUUCAAUGGGCCAACGGGCCUGGUUUCGGCGCUGGCCAAGGGCAUGUUCCGCACGAUGAUGUGCGAGAAGAACUAUGUGGCUGAUAUGGUACCUGUCGAUAUUGUGAUUAACCUGAUGAUCGCCGCCGCCUGGCGCACAGCGACCCGCAAGUCAAACAACCUACUCAUCUACAAUUGUUGCACCGGCCAGCGCAAUCCCAUCAUCUGGUCGGAGUUUGUCAAACACGCCAUGACGAGUGUGCGCAAGCAUCCCCUGGAGGGCUGCCUGUGGUAUCCGACUGGCGACCUGCGCAUGAACCGCCCCAUGAACACGCUGAAUUGUAUAGCCAAGCACUUUUUACCGGCCUACAUACUGGACGGAGUGGCUAGAAUCAUGGGCAAGAAGCCAUUCGUUGUCAACGUACAAAAUAAAAUUGCCAAAGCUGUGGAAUGCCUCGAGUACUUUGCCACACGCCAAUGGCGCUUCAAGGACGACAACGUUCACGCCCUGCUGCACACGCUGAGUCCCAAGGAUCGCGAGAUCUUCGUCUUCGACGUGCGCCACAUCAACUGGGACAAGUAUGUGGAGCGCUACGUUCUGGGCUUCAGGGAGUUCCUGUUCAAGCAGCGACCCGAAUCGCUGCCGGCCAGCAGAAAACGCAUGCUCAGGCUCUACUAUCUGCAUCAGCUGACCAAACUGGUGGCGGUGCUGCUCACCUGGCGCUUUUUGAUGUCGCGCUCGAAGCGCCUGAACGACUUGUGGAGCUCCUUCCUGGAGAACGCGCUCAGGAUGGCACGCUUGAUACCCUUUUUGUAAUUAAAUGCGUAUGGCGACCGGUGUGGAAGCUUGGAGACAGCAGUUGCGUACAUAUGUAUAUGUGCUGUGAUCUGGCGGUAACUGGCAGGAGCUGUCAGGAUCGGCGAGGAUCCACUUCUUUGCGAUUGCUAAAUGCUUUAACAUGGCGUACAUCUUAGAGGUUUUUAGCAAAUAGUUAUAUUCAUAUUUUUUAUAUAUGUUACAAAUGCGUAAACAGCAGAAGCCCACAACAACACAUCCAAACAACCACGAGACACAAGGAGCGUCAGCAAACUAACAUUAAAAUAUUGACAUUACGCAAUGGGGUAACUAAAUGGCAUCCAUCACAUUUAUUCAGGUGCAAUUAUGAGGUCACAGGUUGAGAGGGCCCGGUGUCGGUUGUUGUCUCCACUUAUCUCUCUCCUUCUGCGAGAUUGUACAAUUUUUGUGAAAUAAUUUAAACGCGCAAGGAGAAAGCCCAAAGUCGAGGAGAAUUCCACAAUUUUGCAAAUUGAGAUAGAGAAUCGAGUGAAUUUAUUGUCGGGACUCGUCGACGAUGAAGCAUGAAUUAGUACAUCCAAAACUAUACGAAAAAACAAA